AUGGAUUGGCCAGUGCCAACUACUGUGACAGAAGUCAAGAGUUUCAUGGGUCUAGUAGGGUACUACAAAUGCUUCGUUGAGGGGUUCACUAGGGUUGCACAUCCUAUUACAUCCCUUCCACGAAAGGGGACUAAAUUAGAGUGGACAAAAAGGUGUGAGAGGACCUUUCAAGAUCUCAAAAGGGCACUCACUAGUGCACCUGUUCUUGUUGUGCCAAACCCCUUAGCUGAUUUCAUGGGGAAAGAGAACGUUGUUGCAGAAGCCUUGAGUAGGAGACAUCAUGAGAUAUGCUCCAUGUCUAUGGACACAUAUUUGAGAGGUUGUAUAUUGCAGCAGCUGCCAGAGGAUGAGUGGUAUUUAGAGGUGGAGUCGGAUGGGCAACUAGCUUUGGAGGCCAUCCGCAUUUUGGCUCGCCAGAUGCCAUCUCUUCGAGGUCGAGAGUUGGACCAGGUUAGGGUCCAGUGGGAUUAUUAUGAUGAGGCUAAGGCAUCAUGGGAGGAUGCAACACAGAUGAGAUCUUAG